AUGCAGUACCGCUUCAACGAACUGGCCCUCCUGGCCCUCGCCGGCUCUGCCCUGGCCCACCAGCCGCACCAGCACAAGCACGCCAAGCUCCACGAGCGCCGUCUGGCUGCUCCCUAUGGCAUGGGCAACGACACUCUUCCCGCCGGCCCUACUGGCGGUGUCGCGCCGCCUCCCCAGGAUUCGACCGUCACCCAGCUCAUGACCGCCACUGUCCACGCCACCCAGCUGUACACCCAGAGCGCCCCCUCGGCCGCCGCCAACCCGAUCCAGGCUGCUGAGGUCGAUGCCGAGUCCGUCGAUGCCGCCUCCUCCUCGGGUGCUGCCCUGACCACCGACGCCGAGACCUGCGACGAAGUCACCGUCACUGUCACCAACGCUCCCGUCACUGUCACCGUCACCGCUGCUGCUGGUGGCGUCGCUUCGUCGGCCGCCUCGAGCUACGUCGCGCCCUCGUCCGUUGCUGCUCCCUCCUCCUUCGUCCUUCCCGGCAGCUCCAGCACCGUCGAGAUCAGCACCGAGGCCGCUGCUCCCGCUCCCACCGCCGCGAGCUCCUCUGUCUACGUCGCUCCCUCGAGCGCUCCCGCUGAGACUGUUGAGGCUAUCUCCAGCUCCAGCUCCAGCGCCGUCUAUGUUGCUCCCACCACCUCUGUGGCUGCCUCUUCGGCGCCUGCCUCUUCGGCGCCGGCUACCACUGUUGCUCCCUCGAGCACUGUCGCUGCCACGACCUCGUCGACCUCCUCCAGCGCCGCUGCUACCAGCUCUGCCGCCACCGGCGUCACCGGCGUCACUGACAAGCGUGGUCUCGUCUACAACACCUUCACCGGUAUUGUCGACCAGUUCACCUCCAGCCAGAUCUCCUGGGGCUGGAACUGGGCUCAGACUCCCGGCGGCACCAUGCCCGAUGGUGUCGAGUUCGUUCCCAUCCUUUGGGGUAACCGCGAGACGGAUGACCUCGCAAACUGGAAGAGCAACGCCGAGGAGCAGAUCUCCAGCGGCUCCACCCACCUUAUGGGCUUCAACGAGCCUGAUGUUGACAGCUCUGGCGGUGGUUCCAACAUGGCUGCCGACGUCGCUGCCUCGGUCUACAAGGAGUACAUGAACGACUUCGCCAGCAAGGCCAGCCUCGUCUCCCCCGGUGUCUGCAACGGCGAGGGUCUUCGCGAGUCCACUGGCCGCAACCAGGGUCUUGACUGGCUCCAGGACUUCUACGAUGCUUGCGGUGGCUUCACCGACUCGGGCUGCAAGGUCGACAAGAUCAACAUCCAUUGGUACUCUUCGUACCAGGGCGACCUUGACAGCACCAUCUCGUACUUCAAGGAGUACGUCGAGAAGGCCUACAACAAGUUCAGCAUCAACCUUUGGAUCACCGAGUACCAGCUCCAGAAUGCCGACGACGCCACCCAGGAGGAGUUCAUCACCAAGACCUCCGAAUGGAUGUCGUCGCAGACCUACAUCGAGCGCUACUCCUACUUCAAGGCCGAGAGCAUCGUCGGCAGCUCCUCCCUCAUGUCCGCCUACACCUCGUAA